AUGAAGGCCCUGCGAUUCAGGCAAUCCAGUACCAGCAAACCAGGUGGAGCCCCACCCCCAGGCUCACUGUUCUGUGGAGAGGCACACCAGGUGGCCACAGUGCCUCUGCUCCAGUUUCUAAGACGGGGCCCUCACACGUCACAGGAGCCCGUACUCCACACACGUAAGCAAACAGGUGGGAAAAGUUUUCUUGCUAACUUGUAUUUCUCCAUACUGAAUCUAUUCUUCCUUACAGCUGAGGAGAAAGAAGCCCUAGUAACUUGUGGAAAGGACGCUGGGACGGGGUUUGGGAAAGGCCAGCCCCCACUCCCGCUCCCCAUACCCCCUCCAGCGACCCCAGCUCCUCCCGGCCCCGCUCCCACGUCCGCCCUGCGGCCGAGUUUCCCCACCGCCUCCCCUGCCCGCAGAGCCCGCCCUCCCUCCAACAGCUGGAGGCCUGGGAUUCCGAAAGCGGAACGGAGAGUUCCCACUUCACAGCUCGGGAGGGGGCGCGCGGCCGGCCGAGGCGCCUGGGCCCUGUCGCUCGGCUCACGGGCGCGGGGCUUUCGCGGGACACGAGAGGCUCGGAAAUGGGCAGCUUCUCGAGCCGGGCCCCACGCACCCAGAGCACCCCUUCCGCUCCCGCAGGGCCUCCCUCGGCCGGGCUCCGUCCCCUCCCGGCACGAGCCCCAGAGCGGCCGAACGCAGGCGCCCCCGGCCCUACUCACCAGGCCUUCCCAACUUCCCGGCUCAGACCCGGGCCGCCCUGCCCGGGCCGCGGGGCCAGCCCGUGCUCGCGCGUCCCCGGCGCCUUCCGCCUGGCCGGCCCUUCCCGAGGCGCGCCGGGCAGCAGCCGGCAGACAACGUGGCCCGUCCCCGUCCCCGGGGCAGGCGGGGCGGCCAGGGGCGUCGCCCCGCCCCUUCUUCCCGGGCCCGCCUCCUCCCCCGACGCUAGGCAGUGACCCGCCGUGGGGGCAACCCAAGUUUUCCGGGGUCCCCAACUUUGGGAGGCGCUGUGGAGGCAGCUGUUACCAGUGGGUCCUUUCCGGCUUCCAAUCGCAAGUCUCUGGGUCGAUACCUGACGCGACCCACGCCCUCCACCCCCUUCAGUCCAGACUUCUCUCAGCGUCUCCUCCUCCCCAGCCCCGGCGCCAAGAGCCUCAAGGAGUUUGGGGGCAGGGGGCGGAGACCUGCCUGAGAGGACAGUUUAAUGGGGAACAGGACCGGGGGGACUCCCUGUGCACCAUAACUCACACCCCAUCACCACAGUCCUUUGUUUAGAUUCCAAGGCUCACAGGAAGAUCUAAGAGUAGAAAUUCCCAGACUACAAAAUGACUGUCUCAAGAAGAAAGGACCUGCUUAGAGAAUCAGGAUGGACUGAAUUCUUGGAUGGACGCAAGAGAAAACAUUUGGUCUGAGAGUCAAGAAGCCAGAGGGAUGAGUGCCAGGGUGAUGAUCUGGGAAAAGAGGCCCUGGGCUCUUGAUGGAAGGGUUACAGAAGAAGAAAGGCAGAAGAAACAAGGAGCCAGGUGCCUGGAUUCUGGGGAUGAAACUGAGAUUGGAUUAUGUGAAGAUGGAAGAAAGAGGAAGAUCUGGUCAUAGAAUAAGAGAGAAUUAGAAGGGGCAAUAGUGUAUCCUGCCCACCCCUACCACCUCCAGAAGAGAACUGAAGAGAUAAGGAGAAGCAAUGAAAAUUGAUCCAGGAAACUGGCCUCCCAUAAACCAUGCCCAAGAUACCCUGAAAUUUUUUGCAAUUUGGAAAGAACUUAAGACAGAUCUUGGCUUGAAACCAUCAGUAGAAGUAAAAGAAAAGUUUUAAAUCAA